AUGCAUCAAGUCCACAGCGAUGGAUACCAAUAUCUCCCAAGACCGGCUGCAGUCGAUUUGCCUAAGGAAGCGCCAUCUAUGGAGCAAAUACCACUCGAAGCGGCUCAAUUGCCCAUCCAAACCACACAUUUCCACGCCCCUGGAAGCGGUUCUCAUCUUGAGACCUAA